UUCAGUCCCUAGGCUUUUACCUCCCCCACCGGCGGGGACCAGACCGGGAGAUAGGACUGGUUCCUGCAGGAUUAUCUGAGGCCCCUGGGUUGAGGUGAGCUUUGGGCACAGAAGCCCCAGGGACUGCAUGUCCACCCAUCUUCAUCUGGGGCUCAGAAAGCCAGGUGCCCUGGGAUAGGCGCCGGGCCUCUGGCUGCAGCAGCAGCUCUGGCCCGGGCACACUUUGAGAGUAAGACGUGCCCAGCCUGGGGAUGAUGCUCAGAGAGGUGGGGAGGGAGGCCCUGAAGAAUGUGGAGCUCGCACCAAAGGAAGGGCAUGCGUUCUCCAGACUCCCCGUCUUGCAGGGCCUGGGAUGUGGCAGCUGCCUUGGGAAGAGAUGCAUCUUGGCGGUUCAGAGAGCCCCAAAGCAUCUAACCAAUCAUCCCAGGCCAGUAUCUGGGCUCCAGCUUUGCUCCUUCCCCACCCCCACCCCCCAGUUAGCUUGGCCACGAAUUUUCUUUCCUUAGGUCUUCCUAUCUAAACCUUCUCCUCCCUUCCCCUCCCCCGCCAAACUCUUUGGAAAUCUUUAAACACUUUCAAGUUUUUCCUGGGCAGUUUGAGGUUGGUUUCAGAGCUAAGUCAGGGCGCUUUAACACCCCAGCUGGGUAGGGUGGAUGGGACAAUAGCCGCUAUCACUUUACCAUUGGAAGUGACCCCCGAAUUUGCACUUCUUUCAUCUUGGGACCCGAGCACUUGAGGGUAGGCGAUUUCCUUGGGGGGAGUGGCUUAAGCAGAUUCUCCCCGGGCCAGUUGGCUGUAGACGGUCCGUGCUCAGUGGGCAAAUCUGAAACCAGUUCUGGAGUGAGAGUGCCUUUCAGCUGGGGACGCUGCCGGCUGGGUGAGUUAAAUGUCCCAAGCUGGAAGGUGGAGAGAGAAGUGGACGCCCCCAGGGCUCUGGGCCAUCUUGAGGUCAGUAAUCUAGAAAGGUAACUCAACAUUAGGAAGGGUGGGUGACUGUACAGCCCGGCGACCCCAGGGAAUGGGGGCUGGCUCGGGACACUGACGGGCCCAAGGAUGGAGGAAUGACUCUGUGAAGAUGCUGUAAAGCCUGGAUUGUGCGUGCGCUCGGGCUGAGAGGGGAGGAUGACACCUCGGGAGCAGCUGAUUCAGCAGGUGCUGCAGGAGCUGCAGGAGGCAGUGGAGUCCGAGGGCCUGGAGGGUCUUGUCGGUGCUGCUCUGGAGGCCAAGCAGGUCCUGUCCUCCUUCACUCUCCCCACCUGCCGGGAGAAAGGCCCCAGCCGCCAGGUGCUGGAGGUGGACUCGGUGGCCCUGAGCCUGUACCCAGAGGAUGCUCCCCGGAACAUGCUGCCGCUGGUGUGCAAGGGCGAGGGCAGCCUGCUGUUCGAGGCGGCCAGCACGCUGCUGUGGGGGGACGCAGGACUCAGCCUGGAGCUGCGGGCCCGCACCGUGGUGGAGAUGCUGCUGCACAGACACUACUACUUGCAGGGCAUGAUCGACUCCAAGGUGAUGCUGCAGGCCGUGCGCUACUCCCUCUGCUCGGAGGAGUCCCCCGAGAUGACCAGCCUGCCAUCCGCCACGCUGGAGGCCAUCUUCGACGCGGACGUCAAGGCCACCUGCUUCCCGAGCAGCUUCUCCAAUGUGUGGCACUUGUACGCCCUCGCCUCCAUCCUUCAGCGCAACAUCUACUCCAUCUACCCCAUGCGCAACCUCAAGAUCCGGCCCUACUUUAACCGCAUCAUCCGGCCCCGCCGCUGUGACCACAUGCCGGCCACGCUGCACAUCAUGUGGGCCGGCCAGCCCCUCACCAGCCAUCUCUUCCGCCACCAGUACUUUGCCCCUGUGGUGGGACUGGAGGAGGUGGAAGCUGAAGAUGCCACCAGCCUGGCCCCGGCUUCCCUGGCCCCAGCUGCUCUGCCACCGACGGCCAAGACUCCGGAGCUGUUCAACCAGGACCCUGGCCGCAGCUACUCUCACCUCUGCGAACGCUACAGUGUCACCAGGAACACCUUCUACCGCUGGCGGCGGCAGUCCCAGGAGCACCAGCAGAAGGUGGCCACCCUCUACUCGGCCAAGCACGUCCUGCAGGAGAGCGUCCGCCGUGGGGGCAUCAUGUCGCUGCAGCAGUUUCUCCAGAGGUUCCCCGAGAUCUCCCGUUCCACUUAUUAUGCCUGGAAGAACGAGCUGCUGGGCACUGGCGCUGGCCAGCCCCUGACCCCCAAGGAGGGGACAGAGGACCUGGAGCAGCUGGAGAAGCUGCCGGAGGAGCAGGUUACCAAGGGGCUGGGAUGCUCCAUGCUGGCUGAGGCAAGCCCCGCGGUGGUCCUCAUGCAGCGGGCCAAGCUGUACCUGGAGCACUGCAUCUCCCUGAACACACUGGUGCCCUAUCGCUGCUUCAAACGCAGGUUCCCCAGCAUCUCCCGGUCCACCUACUACAACUGGCGCCGUAAGGCCCUUCGGAGGAACCCUAGCUUCAAGCCAGCCCCAGCCCUCUCCGUGGCCCCAGCUCCCCAGCUGGCAUCUGUUGGGGAAGAGGCCCUGCUCCCUGAAAAGAGUGAGGCGGGAGAGGAGGGGACAGGGAAAACCACAGAUGGGGGACCACCCGCCCCCCGGCAGUUCGUACCCCCGAGGAUGCCCCUGUCCCGCUGGCAGAGGCGACUGCGCAGGGCCGCCCGCAAGCAGGUGCUCAGUGGGCACCUCCCCUUUUGUCGGUUUCGCCUCCGCUACCCCAGUCUGUCCCCCUCCGCCUUUUGGGUCUGGAAGAGUCUUGCCCGGGGCUGGCCUAGAAGCCUUUCCGGACUCCAGAUGCAAGCCCCUGCCUUGGGCAAAGGUGGGGUCCAGGAGGCUGAAGGGAAGCGAGAGAAAGAAGCUGGCAAGAAUGUGAUAGUUUCCGUGGCUCUAGCCGCUGGGGCCCCAAAGAUGGCAGCUUCUCCAGGAGAGGAUCCAGAGAAGGCCCAGGGAGGGCCUUCCAGAGAGAAGGUUCUGCAACAGGGGGCCACAGCCCAGGGAAGGCCCCCCAGUGGAUCCUGGUCCAGCCCCUCUGUGGCCAAAGCAGUGGCAGCGGGCAGUAGGGACAGCCAGGUACUUAUGAUGGACAUGCUCGCUUCCACCAAGUUCAAGGCUCAGGCCAAGCUGUUUUUGCAGAAGUGCUUCCAGUCCAAGAGCUUUCCUUCCUACAAGGAGUUCAGCGCUCUCUUCCCGCUGACGGCCCGCUCCACCUACUACAUGUGGAAGCGGGCCCUGUAUGAUGGCCUCACCCUGGUUGAUGGCUGACAGGGCAGUGCGGAGGGGCUGGGAGCACGGGGGAUCAUUUUGGAGAGGGUCAGGGACCCGCAUUGCCCCCUGGCCUGGCCAGGCCAGGACGCCCUUUGCUCCAGUUUGCAUGGCGUCCGCCCUGAACCCAGAGGCACUGUGUCUUGUGCUGUGUCUUGGCUCCAGGGCAGAGCGAGCCGAAACCAGCCAUCUGGUCUGCUGCGGAGAGUCACAGUUGU